AUGUCUCGUGGUUCCAUCGAGAUCCCACUGCGGGACACGGAUGAGGUCAUUGAGCUAGACUUUGACCAGCUGCCUGAGGGAGAUGAGGUCAUCAGUAUUCUGAAGCAGGAGCAUACACAACUUCACAUAUGGAUUGCAUUAGCGUUGGAGUACUACAAGCAAGGCAAAACUGAAGACUUUGUGAAGCUGCUGGAGGCAGCACGGAUAGAUGGGAACCUUGAUUACAGAGAUCACGAAAAAGACCAGAUGACCUGUCUUGACACUUUAGCAGCUUACUAUGUUCAGCAAGCACGUAAAGAGAAAAAUAAAGAUGCCAAGAAAGAGCUCAUCACUCAAGCCACCCUUCUUUAUACUAUGGCAGACAAGAUCAUCAUGUAUGAUCAGAACCAUCUUCUGGGAAGAGCCUGUUUUUGUCUGUUGGAAGGGGAUAAGAUGGAUCAAGCCGAUGCUCAGUUUCACUUUGUGCUUAAUCAGUCCACCAACAACAUUCCUGCUUUACUUGGUAAGGCUUGCAUCUCCUUCAAUAAGAAGGAUUACAGAGGAGCACUUGCAUACUACAAAAAAGCCCUGCGUACAAAUCCUGGCUGCCCAGCUGAGGUACGUCUUGGAAUGGGCCACUGUUUUGUGAAGCUCAACAAGCUGGAAAAAGCCAGACUUGCUUUUGGACGGGCUCUUGAUCUGAACUCGAAGUGUGUGGGUGCUCUUGUGGGUUUGGCUGUUUUGGAACUCAACAGCAAAGAAGCAGACUCGAUCAAGAAUGGAGUUCAGCUCCUGUCUCGCGCUUACACCAUCGACCCCAGCAACCCGAUGGUUCUGAACCAUUUGGCCAACCAUUUCUUCUUUAAAAAGGAUUACAGUAAAGUACAGCACUUGGCCCUACAUGCUUUUCAUAAUACUGAAGUUGAGGCAAUGCAAGCUGAGAGCUGUUACCAGUUGGCCCGAUCAUUUCACGUUCAGGAGGACUAUGAUCAAGCAUUUCAGUAUUAUUAUCAGGCAACUCAGUUUGCCUCCUCCACUUUUGUGUUACCUUUUUUUGGCCUGGGUCAGAUGUAUGUUUAUCGAAGGGACAAAGAUAAUGCUGCCCAGUGCUUUGAAAAGGUUCUAAAGGCUUACCCGAAUAACUAUGAAACUAUGAAGAUUCUUGGUUCCCUCUAUGCAACUUCAGAUGAUCAGGAAAAGCGAGACAUUGCCAAAGGUCAUUUGAAAAAGGUCACAGAGCAAUACCCGGAUGAUGUGGAGGCCUGGAUUGAGUUGGCUCAAAUCUUGGAACAGACAGACAUUCAAGGCGCUUUAUCGGCUUAUGGGACAGCUACUCGCAUUCUGCAAGAAAAAGUCCAGGCAGAUGUCCCUCCUGAGAUCCUCAACAAUUUGGGCGCACUUCACUUCCGGCUGGGAAACCUUGGGGAAGCGAAGAAAUAUUUCCUUGCAUCUCUGGAACGCGCCAAAGCGGAGGGAGAGCACGACGAGCAUUACUAUAAUGCCAUUUCUGUCACAACAUCUUACAAUUUGGCUCGACUUUACGAGGCUAUGUGUGAAUUUCACGAGGCUGAGAAACUUUACAAAAACAUCCUCAGGGAGCAUCCUAACUAUGUUGACUGUUAUUUGCGACUUGGAGCUAUGGCUCGUGACAAAGGAAACUUCUAUGAGGCUUCAGAUUGGUUCAAAGAAGCUCUGCAAAUUAAUCAGGAUCAUCCAGAUGCUUGGUCCUUGAUUGGAAAUCUUCAUCUGGCUAAACAGGAGUGGGGUCCAGGGCAGAAGAAAUUUGAGCGUAUUCUAAAGCAGCCGUCAACACAAAAUGACACCUAUUCUAUGUUGGCACUGGGUAAUGUGUGGUUGCAGACACUGCACCAGCCUACCAGAGACAGGGAAAAGGAGAAAAGACAUCAAGACAGAGCAUUGGCCAUUUACAAGCAAGUCCUCCGCAAUGAUUCUAAGAAUCUAUAUGCUGCAAAUGGCAUUGGUGCCGUCCUCGCCCAUAAGGGCUACUUCAGAGAGGCUCGCGAUGUGUUUGCUCAAGUGAGAGAAGCAACUGCAGACAUUAGUGAUGUCUGGCUCAAUCUGGCUCACAUCUAUGUGGAACAGAAGCAGUACAUCAGUGCUGUACAAAUGUAUGAGAACUGUCUAAAGAAAUUUUACAAAUACCAAAACACUGAAGUUCUGCUGUACCUUGCGAGGGCACUGUUCAAAUGUGGGAAACUCCACGAGUGCAAACAGAUGCUCCUUAAGGCCCGCCAUGUGGCUCCGAGCGACACUGUGCUCAUGUUCAACGUGGCUCUUGUACUGCAGCGCUUAGCCACUCUAGUACUCAAAGAUGAGAAAAGUAACUUGAAAGCUGUGCUCAGUGCCGUCAAAGAGCUGGAACUGGCACACAGAUAUUUCAGCUACCUUAGCAAAGCUGGGGACAAAAUGCGAUUUGACCUGGCUCUAGCUGCCUCUGAAGCAAGGCAGUGCUCCGAUCUGCUGAGUCAGGCUCAGUAUCAUGUUGCUCGAGCCAGAAAGCAAGAUGAGGAGGAGAGGGAGAUGCGUGCCAAACAGGAGCAAGAGAGGGACUUGCUACGACAGCAGCUAUUAAAAGAACAGCAAGAAAAGCGCAGCAGAGUCGCUGAGGAACAAAAGAAGCUCUUGGAACAGAGAGCUUUGUAUGUGGAAAAGACCAAGAACCUGCUGUCUUUCGCAGACGGACCAAAAGAAGUGGCUAAAGAGAAAAAGAAGGGCGGUGGAGGACGUCGCAAGAAAGGAGGUGACAUGGAUGAGUUUGUUAAUGAUGACUCUGAUGAAGACCUUCCACUCAAAAAGAAGAAGAAAAGAAAGGGCAGCGGUAGCGAGAAUGACGGCGAUGCUGAUGGAGAGAAGAAAUCGCGUAAAAGGAAGAAGAGACCUGCCAGAAGUGGAGGAGAUGAUAGUGAUGAAGGAGAAUCGAGACCUAAAAAGCAGCGGAAACCUAAAGAACGUAAAAAGAUGCCCAAGCCCCAGCCAGAGCGCCUGCCGCCGUCACUCAAGGGAAAAAUCAAAUCCAAAGCUAUCAUUUCGUCAUCUGACUCUUCUUCAGAUGAGGAUGGAUUAAAGAUAGCUGAAGACAGAAAUCGGGACAGUGGAUCAGGGUCUGAAGAUGAGGUCGGCCAUAAUAAGCGCAUUGCCUCAGAUAGUGACUCUGAUGGAGGAAAGAACCGCUCGGGCAGCGAGGCGGGGAGUCCUCCACGAUCUGCCGGCUCUGAUGACUCAGGAAGCGACCGUCCAGUGAAGAAGAGGAGGAGGGUGCAGCCGCAGUCCGACUCCGACCAGUCAGACAACGAGAGCAAGAGAAGCCGCUCUGGGUCUGAGUCUCGUGCUGCGUCUCCAGCUCCGGCCUCAGGCCAUGGAUCUGAAGCUGGGUCUGACAUUGAGGCGUCACCGCGGCGAUCAGAAAAUGCUUCUGAACCAGAAGCUUCCAAUAAUGACAGUGAUUAA